AUGGAGACCUGGACCCCGAAUCCCCGGGCCAAGCCGUUCAUCCCGCGCCAGCAAAGGAGCUGGUACCUGACCUGGAAGUACCGUCUGACCCAUAGGAGGAGCAUCCGGAGGUUCUGUCAGGCCGGGGCGGUGCUGUUCCUCCUUAUUACCGUCAUCGUCAACAUUAAGCUGAUCCUGGACACCCGCAGGGUUGCUGAUGAAGAAGCUGCAGCUCAGGAAUAUGAAGAUGUGAUUCCAAACAUGGAGACUCCUCGCAGGCAGGCCAGCGGACGCAAAGUCCUGGACAUCGAGGUGUACUCCAGCCGCUCUAAGGUCUAUGUGGCAGUAGAUGGCACCACGGUUCUGGAGGACGACAUGCGUGAACAGGGCCGAGGAAUCCAUGUGAUCGUUCUGAACCAGGCCACGGGUCACGUGAUGGCCAAGAGGAUCUUUGACACCUAUUCUCCUCAUGAGGACGAAGCCAUGAUCCUCUUCCUCAACAUGGUGACUCGUGGGCGGAUCCUCAUCUUCACCAUAAAGGAUGAGGGAACGUUCCAUCUUAAGGAUGCUGCAAAGAACCUGCUGAAGAGCUUUGGCAGCCAGGCAUCUCUGAACCUGAGCUGGAGGGACAUGUGGACCCUUGUAGUGAAGAAAGGAGGUCCAGUGUACGGAGAGAAGCACUCCAAGUCUCCGGCUCUGUCCACCUGGGGCGACCCGGUUCUGCUGAAAACAGAGGUGCAACUCACCGCUGCUGAAGAGGCGGAGUGCCACUGGGCCGACACAGAGCUCAAUAGGAGGAGGAAGCUGUUCUGCAGCAAAGUGGAAGGAUAUGGGAGCAUCUGCAGCUGCAAAGACCCGGCGCCCAUCGAGUUCAACCCAGAGCCGCUUCCCAGUAACAACGUCUUCAAUGUUCCAGUGGCUGUCAUCGCUGGCAACAGACCCAACUACCUGUACAGGAUGCUGCGCUCGCUCCUCUCAGCUCAUGGCGUCAACCCGCAGAUGAUCACUGUCUUCAUUGAUGGAUACUACGAGGAGCCGAUGGACGUGGUGGAGCUGUUCGGGCUAAAAGGCAUUCAGCACACGCCCAUCAGCAUCAAGAACGCCCGUGUGUCCCAGCACUACAAGGCGAGUCUGACGGCCACCUUCAACCUUCACCCCGAUGCAGGUUUUGCUAUCGUUCUGGAGGAGGACCUGGACAUCUCUGUGGACUUCUUCAGCUUCCUGAGUCAGACCAUCCACCUGUUGGAUCAAGACGACAGCCUGUACUGCAUCUCAGCCUGGAACGAUCAGGGCUAUGAGCACACUGCUGAGGACCCGGCCCUCCUCUACAGGGUGGAGAGCAUGCCCGGUCUGGGCUGGGUACUGAAGAAGAGCAUCUACAAGGAUGAGCUGGAGCCAAAAUGGCCGACCCCUGAGAAGCUCUGGGAUUGGGACAUGUGGAUGAGAAUGCCGGAGCAGAGGAAAGGCCGGGAGUGCAUCAUUCCCGACGUGUCGCGCUCCUACCACUUCGGCAUCAUCGGCCUCAACAUGAACGGAUAUUUCCAUGAAGUGUAUUUCAAGAAGCACAAGUUCAACACGAUUCCCAACGUGCAGCUGAGGAACGUGGAGAGUUUGAGGAAGGACGCGUAUGAGGUGGAGAUCCAGAAGCUGCUGAGAGAGGCAGAGCUGCUCGACCACUCCAAGAAUCCCUGUGAGGACUCGUUUGUUCCAGACACAGAGGGGAAGACCUACGUCAUGUUCAUAAAGAUGGAGUCUGAGCUGGACACGUCCACCUGGACAGAGCUGGCCAAGUGCCUACAUGUCUGGGACCUGGAUGUCCGAGGAUAUCACCAAGGACUCUGGAGGCUCUUCAGGAAAAGGAACCACAUCCUGGUUGUUGCCGUGCCAAUCUCUCCAUACUCUGUGAAGAAACCGGCUGCUGUCACGCCGAUCCACUUAGAGCCUCCACCCAAAGAGGAGGGGGCACCGGUGGAGCAGAUGUAGAACCGGGAAUCCAAUCAGCCGCCCUGCAGCGGACCGGCGGUGCGAUGAACACAGCAGAACUCCGUCAGUUAUAAACUGAAACAGCAGGAUUCCUGCCGGGAGCCUCCGGAUCCCAGAACGGAGUCUGACUGACAGCCGAAAGCAGAACAAUGACACUAAACCCAGUUUGAACUGGGACGUUCUGGAGCAGAACCCAAACGAGUUCCAUGUUACCUAUUUAUUCCACCCAGCCUGAGGUUUUAUUUUUCCCUUCACUUUUUAACUCCAUUUACUUUUCAUGGUCUGAACAUGUUUUUAGGGUCUAACAUUUCAAACAAGAAGGGGAUAAAAUCCAACGGUACUGGAACACGGCCAGUUUGUUCUGACCCGCCUGUGAUUCGCUUAGAAACUGGAUCCUGGUGGAGAAACACUACUGAACUUCCCAUUUAGUCUAACUGCUGCUCAUGAGGCGACGGCGCCUCUUUUUCUCUACUGAACCAAACCUGAUGCUGCAGAUUGUGGGAAGGAACCACAGAAUGAAUGAGUCUGAAGUUUUUAAACGAUAAAACUAGGAAACAUUUUAAUCAUUUAAACCUUUUAGAUUUAUCCUAAAGUCCUGAUUGGAGAUUUUUAUUGUUAUUAAUGGAUCAGAACAUCUUCUGAAGCUCAGAAACUUGAUCCAAACGGUGACACUAAUCUGUUAAUGUUCUACUAAAACCUUAACUGGACCUUUUAUUUACCAGAUUUGCAUAAUGUUACUCAUUGGUGGCUCCUUAAAGCUCCAUGUUUUCAGCUCUGCAGAUUCAGAAGCUCAGAUCUGUGCUGUUGAUGGUUUAGCCUGUUUUGGCAUCAGCUGGGGGAUGUUUUUCCAGAAAAUCUCCUAAUAGGCGAGUUUGUAAUAGUGGCUUCUUAAAUCCAGAACCGAUCUCCCCUCUGUUGGUCACUCUGGAUAUGAGUUAUCUCGCUCUCCUCAGUGCUGCAUCUGCAGGAGGACAAAAUACAGCCAAACACCAUUUUCUCUCUGCCUGCUGAGAUAUUUCUGGAUUAGUCUGAAUUCUGUUCAGCUCUCUGUGGUUUCAGAUACAAAAAAUAUCCUGGAUCAGGACUUUAGGUGCUUCAGUUUCUGUAUCUGAUUCUGCAGCAGAGAUGCAUUCAGUACGAGGCAUAGAUUAGUUUGUAUUUGUAGAGCAGAUUGUAGAGCAUUUUCUUCCCUGAAUGGAUGUAAUGAAACGGUUCUGAGCGGUUCUGAUCAGAACCUGCAGUGGUUAGCUCAUCAGGGUCUGUUUAAGAUGUCUUCUUAUAAACGAGCAUCAGUCACUCAG